AUGGAAGACGACUUAAUUGUCGUGGACGAUGUCGACGACCAGGAGGAGCCCGAGGCUGGCCCCUCAAAUCCAAAUGGUUUGAAAGAGGCAGACCAGGAAUACCGGCCGACUCGUGCAGCAGCCGCAGCCACUCGGACAAUGACUCGCGCAUCUUCCAGACGAAGCACGCCUCCGGUAUACGGCGGGAUGGACUUCUCAGAAACGCGCACUACUCGCUCUGCUGCGGCACGGAACAAGCCACAGCCAAAGCUGAAGCUGAAGCUGAGCGAGAAAGCUGCCGCUCAAGCACCUGGAAUGUCUUUCCUUGGCCCAUAUGAUAGGGAAUUAGACUCAGAUGACGAGGACCUGGUCUUUGAGGAGCAGUUCAUACUUCGGAUGCCACCCGGGGAUGAUUGUGAGAGGCUGAGGAAGAUUGUUUCCUCGCGUGAAGUGGGGAAUGAUGUGUGGUUCAAGUUCAAGGACUCACGGCGAGCCGUCUUCCACAUCGGAAACAGCAAUUAUUCGGCCAAGUUGGUCGAUCUACCAUGCCUUAUAGAAUCACAGAAGACGCUUGAUAACAAGCAGAUGUUUAAGGUGGCAGACAUCUGUCAGAUGCUAGUCGUGGAGGCCCCUAUGGAGAAUGAAGAUGCUAUCACGAAUCAGCGAAACUUCAACGUUGACGAGUUCAUCUGGCCACACGGGAUCACGCCACCACUGCAUCACGCCCGCAAGCGUAGAUUCCGCAAACGAGUGAACCGUCGGACAAUAGAAACGGUCGAGCAAGAAGUCGAGAGACUCCUCGAAGAGGAUGCGCUAGCAUCCGAAGUAAAAUACGAUGUUCUCGAGAACGUCAAUCCGGAUCUCUCAGAUUCGGAAUACGUGGACAAGGAAGGGCCCCUCGACGCGCCCACGCCGUUCAUUGGUUCAGACAUCGGAGAUGCCCCCACGCCAGGUCCAGAUCAUGGAGACGGCGAGGCGGAAGACGAGGGCGAGGAUGGUCAUGACGAGGGCGAGGGAGACAUCGACGAGGAGCUGGCCGCUGAACUCGACUUGGCUCUCGGCGAUGAGGAGGAAGAGGGCGAAAAUGAGGAUGACGACGAAGACGACAGCGAAGAAGAGGAAGACGAGGAAGAUGACGACGAUGACGAUGAGAUGGUACAAGCCAGAAAGCUACUAAACGAGGAGAUCCGAGACUUGGAGGCAGCAGUGGCGAAGAAAGGCAACGAGAUUGCAAGCUCGGCGAACCCACUGAUCAAGCGACGAUUCGAGGAUGCGCUCAAGAAGCUGCAAGCAGACCUGGACACAAAGUUGGUGCAGAGAGAAGAGAUAAAGGAGCAGCAGCGGAUGAAGAAGGAAGGAAUCAUCGCAGAAGAAGAUACCGAAGGCGGCAACGAAGCCGAUGGCGAAGAGGCCGAGCAGGACGAUCUCUUUGGCGAUGAUGCUGGGGCUGGCAUGGACAUGGAUUAAGACGAAUUGCGCAUUAUCUGGUUUUAUGCGCCACUCCGAUGCAAUCAGGACGCCAAAUAAGAUAUAAAUCUACUGCGCCAACAGGGUGACCACUGCUCCCUGAAGCAUGAGUGGCACGUACACUAUACAUACAAACGGUGCAAACCAAACGCCUAGCAGUUCCCAGUCGGCGACAGCUUGUCGUACU